CCUUUGUCUAUCAAGUAUCAAGUUUGCACAGGCAAACUUUGGAAGUCCCCACCCCUACCAAACACUCAUAGAUACAUGCACAUGCUUGUGCAAUAUCAGUCAAGAUCUACAUGAAGGAGGACGGCAGCAUAACAACUUAAGAACUCGAUGGGAUGGACAUUCUUCCACAGGUGCUUUCACUGAGGAUUUGAGGAGCAAGCACACACACUGAACCAAACACACUUUCGACAGCAGGGGAUCAACAAUGUGAGGGUGUUUCCUGGCUGCUGACACUACGGACAGAGACUGUUUUAUGUGGGAGCUGUGAGAAGUGCCUCGCACUAUUUCUCCUCAGAGGGAGCGUCGAGGAACUAGCUCCAGCUUGUCAAAACCCUAUCUGCCUCUGGCUUCCUGAGGGGAAUCCCUCUCUCCAUAUCUCCCUCCAUCUGCCCUAUCCCCCUCUACAGUCCUCAGCAGCUGCUAUGGACCUGACUCUGUGGCAGUACCAGUUCAGGAUCAUCAUGUUAGGGGACUCGACAGUGGGCAAGUCGUCCCUGCUGAAGCGUUACACAGAGGAGAUGUUUCUGGACUGCAUCAACCAGACAGUAGGGGUGGACUUCUACGUGCACUUCCUGGAGGUGGAGCCUGGUGUUAGGGUCAAACUGCAGUUCUGGGACACAGCAGGCCAGGAGAGGUUCAGGUCAGUGACUCGGUCCUACUUCCGUAACUCAGUGGGGGGCCUGCUGGUGUUUGACCUGACUAACCGUGCCUCCUUUGAGCAUGUGCAGGAGUGGCACGCAGAGGUGUGUGAACAUGUGCAGCCCCACACGGUGCUGUUUGUACUUGUGGGAAACAAGAAUGACCGGGUGGCCCAGGGAGAGCGGGUGGUGGGCCAUAACGAGGCUGAGAAACUGGCAGGCCAGCUGGGGAUGCCCUACAUCGAGGCGUCAGCUAAGACUGGUCAGUGUGUGACGGAGGCUUUCGAGCUGCUGACCCGCCGGGUGUACCAGGGCUUGCUGAGUGGGGAGGUGCAGCUACAAGAGGGCUGGGACGGGGUGAAGUGCUUGGCUCCACGUGCAACCUUAGCACAGCUACAAAAUCCCAAGAUCAAUAAAUCCAACAACAGAAGGUGCUGUUCCUGAGUUGCUGUAUUGUCAUGUAUGCCAUGUCACAAUGCCUCUCUUGAAAAACUGACUGCCAUAUUGGAUAAAAGAUCAUAAAAUACUCUUGACUUGAGGCUCUUCACCAGAUGAGAAUAAGUUUUACAAGAUGGGCAUUACCUAUUGUGACAAUAUUUCAGAACAUGGAAAUAGACAUAACACAUGUAAAAGACUUGCAAGUGUGUGUACAGGGACUUUUCUGAAGGAGGUCGUUAGUUUGUCAUUCAGAAUCGAGAAACAUUAUCACAGUGGUAUUGCAGUUAAGGAAAUCUAGUCAAAUCUCUUUACCCUGAAUAGUGAUAUACUGAUGUAAUCCAUUUAUGUAGAAAGUGAACUCCGAAAUACUCAAGGUUCCAACAAAUGAGAAAGAACAUGACUUAACACUGAAAUAAACACACAAAUCAAAUGCCAA